CAAAAACUAUAGAAGCCGAAGACAGCAACACCAUCCGCGGCCCAAACCGAGCAGGAGCCGGAUGAGCCUGCACCGGCAUAUACAGCUACAGAGGAGCCUUUGCAGCACGGAGAAGCGUCAAAACCCAGUGAUGACUUCCAGGAGAGGCUCAAGGACGCGACCCGCAUGCGCGAGCAAGCAGAGGCCGAGGAAAACGCGGCGCAUGCAGAGGCUGCGGCGGCAACGUGCAAGGAACGUACAGCUAAGGCCUCUCUAGCAGCGGCCGGAUCUGAUGUGCAGAACGCCAAGGAGGGGCUGUCUGACGCGAAGGCUGCUGUAUUUGAGGCUGAGAGGGCUCUGGAGGUGGCGAAGGAGUGCCGACAGGAAGCGCUCGACCGGAUGCUGAGAGCCAGCUCCGCGGAGUCCGACGCGGACAUAGCGGUACGAGAUGCCGUCGCCCAUCGCAUCGUGGCGGAAGGAGACAAAGAACGCGCCCGGCUGGCGAAGGAGAAGGCGCAGAGUGAGGAGAAGAAGCUGCGCGAUGCUAUGCCGGGACUCGAUAGCGAGGCACAGAGGCAGGCAGAGCUAGCGGAGAUGAUCAGACGAAUGAGGGAGCUGAACAAGGUAGAAGAGAGUGGUCGACGAGAGAGGCAGGUGAAAGAGCAAAGAGAGAGGGAGGAGACGGAGAGGAGACGGAGAGAGGCAGAACUAGCAGAACGUGCCGCUCGGGAGGAACGGGAACGUAAGGCGCGCGAGGAGGAAGCGCGCAAGGCACGUGAGGAGCAAGAGCAGCGACAGGCCGAGGCCCAACGUUUGCAGGAGUAUCGAGACGCUGCUGCGAAGGAAUGCGACCGCUGCACUCGGCGUGACGCGCGGUGGACACCCUGGAUCACUUCGUGGACUAACGCACGGCACGUCAGCUGGUUCAGUGCGGUCGGCACCGAGUUCGACGAGAUCAAGUUUUGCGCUUCUCAGCCGCUUACCUUCGAGUCCGUCCCAUGGCCCUUGCUCCUUCCGCCACAGAAGCAGACCCUUGACAGCGUCGAGUGGGCUGCUGUUGAGGCGUUUUUUGCAGCCACAAAGGUCGCCCUCGGCGAAGAGCAGCACAAGGCGACGCUGGAGAAGGCGCAUCGGAGAUUUCACCCAGACCGGUGGAGAUCUCGGGGCCUCCUGAACACUGUCCUCGAUGAAGCCCUCCGGAAACGUUUGGAGGAGGCAGGAAAUACUGUUGCGCAGGCGAUCACUCCGCUUUGGCUUGCAUCGAAGUCAGCGCGGUAGGCUCGCUGUGUGCGUAACCUGGGCUCUUACCUCCGCGGCGAAGUGUUUGCAUGGGACGA